AUGGACGGAGAUGCCAUCAAGAUAUUGCUAGUUGGAGACGAGAAAUGUGGAAAGACGUAUUUUCUAUCGAGACUGAGUGCUGGAGAAGGGACUGGCCCCAUCAGGCUACUCAGGGAUAUCGACCAACCAUUCAUAUUCGAGAUUAAGCUUGGUAGUACACCACAUCGGUUGGAAUUCUAUGAUACAAAUAGCCCUGAGAACUGGAAGCUUCUUGAGCCGGACCUGGUCAUCAUGUGCUACGACAUAAGCCAGCGGCUCAGUCUCAUCAACAUACAAAGACUAUGGUUCAAAGAGGUCAAACUGUCCUUCCGCAGACCUGACCGCUUGCCUAUCCUCAUCCUCGGUCUGAAGCGGGACCUGAGAUCCGAAACCGAUCCCAACGGCAUCAUCUAUCCUCAAGAAGCCUACCAGAUGGCUCAGUCCUUGAGAGUAGAUAGGUACAUGGAGUGCUCUGCCAUGACCGGGGAGCUCAUCAAGUUAGCGUUCGAAGACAUCUGCACCACGGCAGUCAAAACACGCAGUGAGGCGGGCGGACAGAGUGAAGGCGGCUGUGCCAUCAUGUGA